AUAUUAUGUAGUGUUGUUGUAUUUGGGAGGCGGGGGACUAAGCGAGUUUUGGAUGGGGUUUAAGUGGGGGUGGAUAUCCAAAUGGGGGUGGGGCGGGAUGGUUUUAAAAUUGGAUUCGGCACGGGGAUGAGGAUGAGUUUUGGACCCGCCACGGGGAUGGGGAUGAGAAUGGGGAUAGGGAUGAGAAUAUAAUGUUAGGCGGAAAUGGGGAUAAGAAAGCUAGCAUCCAUCCCCUUGCCCCGCCCCGUUGACAUCCAUAAUAACGUCACUGUAUUAUGUUUUCAAACUAGUAUCGAUUAGGGGUUAUUGUUUUUAUAUAAUUAGUUGAUUGAUGACGUUAUAUUAUGAUGACAGUGGUUGGAAAUUGAAUUUUGGUUGUAAUUUAAAAUAUUGAGUAGCUUUUUUUGGUUGUAAUUUGCAAAAAUUAACUUAAAUGGUUGUAACCCGCAAAAUGACUAUUUAUACUGGUUGUAGUUGACAAAUUUUCCUAAGUCAAAGGUAACUAGUGCAUGAGAGAAAGUGAGGGAUAACUCAAGGAGUUAGAGUUCCCCUCCCGGAUCAAAGAGAUGUUACGAUUGAUUCUCUAUCACCCAUCCUUAUGGCUAUCUAAACACCCAAAAAAAAGUUUAUACAUAGUAUAAAAUCUUAUAUGAUUCUUAAAAAAACCUGAGAGAGUAUGACUAAAUUAUGCAUACGAUGUAAUCUUUCGCAUUAUGACUUUAUGAGAGUUCGAUGAUUAUCUUAUUAAUUUUUGUUUUUUUUUUUUUUUUUUUUUUUUUGGAGACUGAGAAGUAAAAGAACCAUCCUCGUACAAUAAAAGUAGAUAAUCUACCCAAAUGGCACGUGUCACGUCUACCUUACAUAAUCGGUGAGCCGGUAAGAUUCCACUCAUCAAAUCAACGCUCUCACAAUCCAACGGUUGACAUUGAAUCACCCACCCCCAACAAAUCCCUAACCCUCCAUGUCUCCCCCUUUAUAUACCCCCAUUUUUCUCUCUCCUAAACCCUGUUCAUACUUCAUUUCACAAAUACAAGAAACAAAAACCCAACAAAAAAAAAAAAAUCAAAAUUACAAAAAUAAAAAAUGGGAAUGUUACCGUUGAAAGCAGUGGUAGUAUCAACCGGCGUCGUUUCACUAGCUGUGAUACUCAAACUACCACUGCCGGUAAUCUUAGACUUCCUCACCUCCGAGCUUCCUCUCUUCUGGUCGCUAGCACUCUCAUGGCUCAGACCUCCAUACAUGUACCUUCUCAUCAACUGCAUCAUCAUCUCCAUUGUUGCAUCCUCUAAGCUUCAGCCACGUGGCGGUGAUGGCAAUGCCGAAACCCUAGUUCCGGCGCCGGCGAGUUUUCCGGUGGCAGAUAGUGAAGAUGUACACGUGGCGGUAAUGGAGGUCGCUAAAGAGGAUGAUGUGGUGGUGUUCGGAUACGUUGACAGUCCAAUUGUUACUAAAAUGGAUGAACCUGUGAAAGUUGUUGGAGGUGGUAGUGAUGACGUGGAGGAGAGAGAAAAAUUUGAGGAUGGUGAUGAGUUUGUGCUGUCGAAGCCGGUGUGGAACUCGCCGGAGAAAUGUGCGCCGGUGGUGGUGCCGGAAUUUUCGCCGGUGUCUUCGGCGGAGAAACCGUCUUUUUCGGCGAGGUUUGGUCAUCGGAGAGCUGUCAAAGCUAGUCCUGAAGGAAAAGCAGUGCUGAAAGUAUCAAGGCCAAAAAAACAAGAGACACUGGAGUCCACGUGGCGGACGAUAACAGAGGGACGGUCAAUGCCGUUGACACGUCACCUGAAGAAGUCCGACACAUUCGCCGGAGCAUCGCCGGAGGAGUCUCCGGUCAAGGUGAUGAAGAAAUCUGACACUUUCAACAACGGAAGAGGUAGCGCAUCGCCGGCGAGUGCGAGUUCGAGGCUGAGGAGAGAGCCGUCGCUGAGUCAAGACGAGUUGAACCGCCGUGUUGAGGCGUUUAUCAAGAAGUUUAACGAGGAGAUGCGGUUGCAACGGCAAGACUCACUUAACCAAUACAAAGAGGUGGUUAGUCGUGGGUCCCACUAGAUGUAAUGAAAAAAAUUAAAAUGUAAAAAAGAUAUAAUAAUUAUCUUUUUCGGAUUUAAAUUUUUUUAUUUUUUUAAGGGGUGGGAUUUUGAGAGUUCAAAUGUGAGCUAGGUCAUGCAAAGAUUUCUUUUGCAAUUCUAGCAGGAAAUCAAUUUGGUAUUGUUGGAACCCUGUAAUUAGCUUGAUUUUUGGUUCUCUAGUGGCUAUGUUUAAUUUGAUUUUAUGAAGGAAAUUGCGAAUAUGGCAAGAAAUUUUCAUUUGUUUGCAAAAAAAUGUUGUAUCGAAGGAAAAAAAAAAAAAAGUU